AUGCCAGAACAGAACCUACAAGGAAGAGGUGGCGAGCAAGAUAACGGCCUUUCAGCGAAACUUCAGACCGGUCUCCAAUCUGUCGCUAUCUUUUUCUUCGUACAAUUCUUAUUCACCCAAUUCUUUGGAAAAGGUGGAAAUAAGACAGUGGAACAAGGUGCACAACCAGUCAAAGUUGCAGUCCCGUCCACAGUACCAGCCUGGGAAGACCGGCCCUCGGAGUUUCCAGAAAAUUACAAUCCGACUCCUCAAGUAAUCGCACCAAUAUGGCCGGUAAACAGCAGCUUAGAUGUCGCCAUAUACAUCUCGUCCUCGGUAGUGGUCGGCUCGCUGAGUAUAGCCUCCCGAAAAGACCUAGUUCUGAAUGAGAAAAAUAUCUCUUUGGGUGAUUUUGAGGAUAGCCGCCAGAUCGACACCACCCUGCAAGUUCCGCGUGAAGUUCAGGACAAUGGAACCUGGUGGAUGCAUGUCUAUAUGGCAUUAAACGGCAAAGACUUGGAUCCGGAGUCUCGCGGCUAUGAUCCCUCUCAAGCUCACUAUUUUGCUCGACCGUUGAACGAAAUCUUGCCGAAAAAGAAGGUGAGAAAAACGAAGAACCUGCUUGCUGGCUCUCAAAACAGUACGAGCGGCGUGGAGGAAGCGUUGGAUACUCCACGACGAGGUUCAUUCUAUCACCCCAACCUUACGGUCGCUAUCAUUCCCGAUUCCGGCACGCAGUCCUACAGCAGUAUGCACCCUGCGGUCCGACAGCAGAUUCAUCUCGAGAGCUCGGGUGCGAGAGAUACGUCUGGUCAAAACGGCUGGUAUUACCCUAUCCUGUUCUUCAAUACGUUCUGGCAAUUGAGGGAUCACAUGACUGAGCUUAACUCCACCGUCAAAGAGCAUGGAUCUUGGAAUGAAAGAAAACCAAAAAAAGCGUCCGAAGGACUGAUGCCAGCCGGAGGAGAUGGAAGCGAAUUCGAGGAAUUCAAAAGGGUUCUCUUGGAUACGAAUAUCUACCUACUAGCCACCACCGGAAUAGUUACGGUGCUUCACAUGGUCUUCGAGAUGUUGGCCUUCAAAAGCGACGUCUCCCAUUGGCGGAAGAAGAAGGAUAAUGUCGGCAUCUCAGUGCGCACCAUCUUGGCCAACGUCUUUAUGCAAACCAUUAUUUUCCUUUAUUUGAUGGACAAUAGUGAAGGGACAUCCUGGAUGAUUCUUCUUGGCCAAGGCAUGAGCAUUCUCAUUGAGGCUUGGAAGAUCACAAAGACUGUCAAUGUUCGCGUGAGACCUUCGGCACCCAAUUCAUGGCUUCCGUACACGGUGGCAUUUGAAGACAAGCACAAAUUGUCAGAAACAGAGGAGAAGACAAAGGAGUAUGACGAGAUUGCCUUCAGAUACCUUUACAUGAUUGCCGUUCCACUCUUGGGAGCCUAUGCAGUGUACAGUGUAAUUUAUGACACCCACCGAAGUUGGUAUAGCUUUGUGAUUACGACUCUGGUCGGGAGCGUGUACGCUUACGGCUUUCUCAUGAUGGUGCCGAGCUUGUAUAUCAACUAUCGGUUAAAGAGCGUCGCACACAUGCCAGCUCGAGCGAUGACAUACAAAUUUCUGAAUACAUUCAUCGACGACUUGUUUGCAUUCACCAUCAAGAUGCCUACCUUACAUCGUCUUGCCACGUUGCGAGACGAUGUGAUUUUCUUCUUCUAUCUGUACCAGAGCUAUGCGUACAAGGUUGACUACGGGCGAGUCAAUGAAUUUGGCCAGGGUGGCGACGACGAGACGGUCGAAGACAAAUUGGCGGACAAAGCAUUGACAGCUCCCCCAAGUGCAAAGGGUAGUACAAUUGAUGAGAAGGAGGCGAACGGUAAGAAUUUGGGUAAGUCAGAGCUUGCAGGGACUACGGGGGCAGAAAGAGGGAGCGGCUCCGCCAAGAAGCGGAAGUGA